AUGGGUCAACAGAGGGACAUUAAAGAUGCCUUGUACCAGUUGUCAACCUUCAUCUCUGCUUGGGGCAACAGCGAUCAGAACAAUGAAACCCUCCCCUUUGUAACAAUACCUAACUCCGAAGCCAUCAUGGAGAACAUUCGAAAGCAGGGCAAGUUCGAAACAAUGGGCUAUACUCCAUAUCUACUUCGUGAACACAGAGAGCCUUGGAUUGAAUAUGCAAACGCCCGCUACCAAAAAUGGGUAAAGGAAGCGCAUGUACACAAGUACGGCAAUCUUGACCGCCUUUCGCAAACAGGUUAUCAUCCCUUCAUUUCGCAGUAUGGUCCAAACCGCACUGUUGUCGAGAGCCCCGAGGCAAACCUUGUGAUGGCAUCUUGGAUGUAUUCGCCGCCUCCUGCAAGUUACUUCCUCAUUAAUGGAAAUGCACUCUCAGUUCCGCGUUUGCGCGCCAGAAACCUUGCAGUGUUGGAAUUGCAGAAUGAAACUGUCAUUUCGGCUGUGGAACAGCACAUCGGCGUCCCAGUGGCUUUUACCGCUGAAGAGCACGCGGCAUAUCACAGCAAGCUCACAGAUUCCAGUGCUGCGAAUCCACACUCGUUUGCCGCUUACCCCGUACACAAGACUACAGGCGAUCCCACAUCAGGGGCUGUGGCACAGCUUAGUGCGGCCUUUGCCUGGGAUGUGGCACUAUGGAACCUACUCCCAGACGGAGUGCAGGGAAUUCACGUUGUCCUGCGCAAUACGUGCACCCAGUCCUAUACGUACAACAUAGUUGGAGGUGAUGCAUUUUUUCUGGGGGAUGGGGAUCACCAUCAGCCUCAAUAUGAUCAAUAUGAAGUACCUGUGAGUCUUUCUCUCCACAGCCAUCCUGACUUUGAAAAGGUACCGGGACACUGCCUCUACUCUAUGCACAUCUUUCCCAGCGAAACAUUCCAGGGUAGUUUCGACACCAAUACCCCCGAGGUCUUUGCUGCAAUUGUGGCUUCCACCUUUCUCCUUGUGGCUGUUGCAUUCUGUAUCUACGAUCUCAUGCAAGGAAAGCGCAACUCUAACCUCAUCAACAAAGCAGCUCAGUCCAAUGCCAUCGUGACCUCCCUCUUCCCAGACAUGAUGAGAGAACGGCUAUUCCUCCAGGCAGAACAAAAACAAGCCGCCAAGAGCAAGAAAGGAAGCCUUAAGACCUUCCUGAACGAUGGCAAGCAGGGCGCAGUUGACAAUUCCAUGAACCUCCUAAGCAAACCAAUGGCUGACCUUUACUUGUCAACGACGGUCCUCAUGGCAGACAUUAGUGGUUUCACCGCCUGGUCUACGGUUCGGGAACCCCACCAGGUGUUCACUCUUUUGGAGAGCAUUUACGCUUGCUUCGAUGAGAUUUCGAAGAAGAGACGAAUCUGCAAGGUAGAGACCGUGGGUACGUACUUCGAGUACUAA